UAGAACUGGUGAAUUUUGUCGAGAGAACUGUGAGGAUGAAGCAGGCUUCAUCUCCAAACAAGCCAAUUUAUUUAGUUGGAGAUUCAUUUGGAGGGUGCUUGGCUCUUGCUGUUGCUGCUCAUAACCCUAAGAUCGACCUUGUUCUGAUAUUAGCUAAUCCAGCAACUUCCUUUGGGAAGUCACAGCUCCAACCUCUGCUUCCUCUUCUAGAGUCUUUGCCUGAUGAAAACAACUUAUUAGUGAUCUGUAUAGAUGGCAUAACUUAGUACUUUAUAUUUUAUGUUGUUUGACUGAACUGACCAAUUCUUGUUAGUUCUUCCAAGAAUGUAAUGCUCUACUACUGUUGAAAAUAAAAGUUUGAAGAGGCAAAUAGUUGAAUGUUUCUGCCUCUUUAUGUUUGAAUAAAGAGGUGCUUCUGUGAA